CUGAAACGUGAACUAAAAUGCGCUUUUCACGCUUUUAGCGAACUUGUUUAUUUUCCACAGCCACUCCAUUUCCAAGAAUCUGUUUCUCAUCCAUCUGAAAUAUCUUACCCGUUUCUCCGACCAUAUUUUAUCGCGAUGAAGAUUCGAUUGAGUAAUAGGAUGUACAAAGUUUGACAAAGCCGGAGGAGUCUUUAGCUUUGCAAUCCACAGCUUUUAUGGAUGAAGCAGUGAGAAUAGGUAACUACGACGCUGUAAGCGCCGCCGGGGGAUAUGGAGAUAGGGUGAUGGAGUGGGAGGACGGUCUUCCACACGGAGACGAUCUCACUCCAUUGUCUCAAUCGCUAAUCCCGCCGGGGCUGGCCUUCGCGUUUCGGAUUUCACCGGAGCCGCUCCGGACCAUGCUCGAUGUGAAUCGCGCCUCGAACAUGACGUUUGCAUCGCUGCAAGGAGGGAAGCAUCAGACGGUUUCGUCCUUGAAUCUUAAUAGUUUCAAGCCGUUCGAUGAAGAUCUGAACAAGGAGAGGAUUAUUACGGACGACGAUGCGGAUCUGACACGAGAAGGAUCUGAUUCGAGGAAGAAUCGGCGGAUUGAGACCGGAGGAGGCGGGGUAGAGGAGGCCGACGACUCGGCUAUGCGGGAUGGAAACUGCGGAGACGGUUCGUCCGCGAAAACUGCUCAGAAGCGGCAGAGGCUCGUUUGGACGCCGCAAUUGCACAAGCGAUUUCUGGACGUGGUGGGACAUCUCGGCAUCAGCAAGGCAGUGCCGAAGACGAUUAUGGAGCUCAUGAACGUAGAGGGACUCACAAGGGAGAACGUCGCCAGUCAUUUACAGAAGUAUAGGCUGUACUUAAAGAGGAUGCAAGGGUUCCCAAACGAGGGGCCUUCUUCUGCAUCGGAUAGGUUGUUUGCUUCGACGUCUUUGCCAGAAUCUGGUCAUGGACAUGGCCACCAUCAUAAUAGCAAUGAAUCUAAUGAUCACAUAUCGAUGCCAAUUCCUUUGCCUUGCCCGCACCAAAUGCUUCCCAUGCCAUUGUUUGGUAUCACUCCUGAUGGAAUCAAUGGGAAGAUGGGAAACCAAAAUGGUGGACCCCCUAGUCAUCUUCAUCAUCAGUAUUAUAUCGGCCAACAAAGGGAGUGGCCAGGAAACCAAUUUGGUGCAUAUCAUCACGUUCCUCCUGAAAAGUAAUUACUUGCUCAACUUGUCUGCACUUAACUCAAUGAGGCCAGACUGUGCAUGUAAAUGACCUUCUUUAUACGAAGUACUCUGAUUCAUGUGUUUGAUGAUAUUUCUUUGUCAGGAGUUUACUUGAUUAAUGUAGAAUUGUCGGGAAAUUUUAGUUGUGAGAAUUAUACUCGUAGAUUAACAAUUAAUGUAUUACUGCUAUUAGUAAAAGAUC